UGCUGACGAUACCACGGAAAUUCCGCCCCGCCCACUUCCGGUACACAGGGUGAGCUCUGCCACCUUAUCCUCCAGGGUUACACAGUAGUGAAGAAGACAUCCGGUGAGUGUGAGACACCGAGCAGCCAUCCCCGUGUGUCAGGAGGACUGCGCAGGACCCAGAGCCCCAUCAAGGUGCCUCCACCUCACUCACUGACACAUGAGACACAUUGACCAGAAGAUCCUGGAACUCCCUAACAAGAUCAUUCAGCUGCUGACUGGAGAGGAGGGGGAGUAUAUAGAGGAACACAGGGGUCUUUACAUGGACGUGAUGAUGGAGAAUCACCGGCCCCUCACAUCACUGGGUAAAAGGAGACUGUCAUGUAUUGUACAAGGUAGAGCAGAUGGGCCCAGUAACAGAGAUACCCCAGAGAGAUGUCCCCGUCCUCUGUAUUCCCGGGACUGUACAAAGGAGAAUCACAGGAUCCCACAGGAGGAUCAGGUAGAACGUCUGUCUGAUAUUAAAACAGAAGAUAUAGAGGGAGAAGAAGAGACGUAUGUGACUGAUAUAAAGGUAGAAUAUAUAGAGGGAAAAGAAGAGACGUAUGUGACUGAUAUAAAGGCAGAAGAUAUAGAGGGAGAAGAAGAGAAGUAUGUGACUGAUAUAAAGGCAGAAGAUAUAGAGGGAGAAGAAGAGACGUAUGUGUCUUGUAUAAAGGCAGAAGAUAUAGAGGGAGAAGAAGAGACGUAUGUGACUGAUAUAAAGGUAGAAUAUAUAGAGGGAGAAGAAGAGACGUAUGUGACUGAUAUAAAGGCAGAAGAUAUAGAGGGAGAAGAAGAGACGUAUGUGACUGAUAUAAAGGCAGAAGAUACAGAGGGAGAAGAAGAGACGUAUGUGACUGAUAUAAAGGCAGAAGAUAUAGAGGGAGAAGAAGAGACGUAUGUGACUGAUAUAAAGGCAGAAGAUAUAGAUGGAGAAGAAGAGACGUAUGUGACUGAUAUAAAGGCAGAAGAUAUAGAGGGAGAAGAAGAGACGUAUGUGACUGAUAUAAAGACAGAAGAUAUAGAGGGAAAAGAAGAGACGUAUGUGACUGAUAUAAAGGCAGAAGAUAUAGAGGGAGAAGAAGAGACAUAUGUGACUGAUAUAAAGGCAGAAGAUAUAGAGGGAGAAGAAGAGACGUAUGUGAGGGAUGAUCAGCAGUGUAAGGAGGAGGAGAUCCCUACAGAUAUCAGCACAGAUGGACACACAAGCAGGAAUAUCUCAGAAGGACAUCUAAUGUUAUCCCCGGAUUGUGACAUAAAAGAUAAUGACAGUAGACAGGAUUCUCCAGGAAAUAAUCCCAUUACCCCAAUUAUACAUCCAGCUCUAUCAGCUGAUCCCCCUGAUCCUGGGAAAUGUUCUCCUGAUCACUCUGAUAUUGGAGCAUUUGUUACAGCUCUGACAGUAGAUACAGUGUUUCCCUGUUCUAUAGAUGCCAAAUGUUUUACACAGAACACAAAGCUUAAAACCCAUCAGCCAGCUAAGGCAGCUGAGAGGCAAUUUCCAUGUUCUGAGUGUGGAAAAUGUUUUACAUACAAAUCAGCUCUUGUUAGACAUCAGAGAAGUCACACAGGUGAGAGGACAUUUCCAUGUUCUGACUGUGGAAAAUGUUUUACUUGGAAAUCAUGUCUUGUUACACAUCAGCAAAGUCACACAGGUGAGAAGCCAUUUCCAUGUUCUGAGUGUGGGAAAUGUUUUGGCCGGAAAUCACAACUUGUUAGACAUCAGAGAACUCACACAGGUGAGAGGCCAUUUCCAUGUUCUGACUGUGGAAAAUGUUUUACUUGGAGAUCAAGUCUUGUUACACAUCAGCAAAGUCACACAGGUGAGAAGCCAUUUCCAUGUUCUGAGUGUGGGAAAUGUUUUGCCCGGAAAUCACAUCUUGUUAUACAUCAGAGAAGUCACACAGGGGAGAAGCCAUUUCCAUGUUCUGAGUGUGGGAAAUGUUUUGCAGGCAAACCAGAGCUUGUUAGACAUCAGAGAAGUCACACAGGUGAGAAGCCAUUUCCAUGUUCUGAGUGUGGGAAAUGUUUUGCAGACAAACCAGAGCUUGUUAGACAUCAGAGAAGUCACACAGGUGAGAAGCCAUUUUCUUGCUCUGAGUGUGAGAAAUGUUUUUCACAGAAAUCACAUCUUGUUGAUCAUCAGCGAAGUCACACAGGUGAGAAGCCAUUUCCAUGUCCUGAGUGUGGGAAAUGUUUUGCAGACAAAUUACAUCUUGUUAGACAUCAGAGAAGUCACACAGGUGAGAAGCCAUUUUCUUGCUCUGAGUGUGGGAAAUGUUUUGCCCAGAAAUCACAACUUGUUAGACAUCAGCUAAGUCACACAGGUGAGAGGCCAUUUCCAUGUUCUGAGUGUGGGAAAUGUUUUGCCCUGAAAUCAGAUCUUGUUAAACAUCAGAGAAGUCACACAGGUGAGAAGCCAUAUUCUUGCUCUGAGUGUGGGAAAUGUUUUACACAGAACUCAUAUCUUGUUAUACAUCACAGAAGUCACACAGGUGAGAAGCCAUUUCCAUGUUCUGAGUGUGGGAAAUGUUUUGCGGACAAAUUACAUCUUGUUAUACAUCAGAGAAGUCACACAGGUGAGAAGCCAUUUUCUUGCUCUGAGUGUGGGAAAUGUUUUGACCGGAAAUCACAACUUGUUAGACAUCAGCUAAGUCACACAGGUGAGAGGCCAUUUCCAUGUUCUGAGUGUGGGAAAUGUUUUGCCCUGAAAUCAGAUCUUGUUAAACAUCAGAGAAGUCACACAGGUGAGAAGCCAUAUUCUUGCUCUGAGUGUGGGAAAUGUUUUACACAGAACUCAUAUCUUGUUAUACAUCACAGAAGUCACACAGGUGAGAAGCCAUUUCCAUGUUCUGAGUGUGGGAAAUGUUUUAGACAGAAAUCAUAUCUUGUUACACACCAGAGAAAUCACACAGGUGAGAAGCCAUUUUAAUCUUCUGGAGUAUACUUAUUAUUGCCAUGCGUUGUUCUUCAAGGUUCUUAUCCUAUGUCCUGUGCUUUUUGCAAUAUACAUUAAACCACUGGGUGAAAUAA